UUUAGCCCUCCCCUGUGAUUACGGAAGUAUCCCGCUCCUGCCCUACAUAACUUUGUGUCUUCAGUGCGGAGGGGACACCUGCUGUCACCAGGAUGGCUGAGAAGGCAAGUGGUUUUCCACUCUGAGACCACUCGAUCAAAGUCCGCUUUCCUGGGUUUUCCUCUCAGAACAAAGGGUUUGAGUUUCAAAAAAAAUUAAGACAAACACUGUCUUUGUCUAUUCGCUUUGAGAAGUAAUUUGCCAGAGUGGCUGCUCUGUCCCUACAAGAGUACCAUGGCCAAGCGAGUGGCAGUGAUUGGAGCCGGUGUGAGUGGCCUGUCCUCCAUCAAGUGCUGCUUGGAUGAGGACCUGGAGCCCACCUGCUUUGAGAGAACUAACGACAUCGGGGGACUCUGGAAGUUCACUGAAACUUCUAAAGAUGGGAUGACCAGGGUCUACAGGUCAUUAGUGACAAAUGUCUGCAAAGAAAUGUCAUGUUACAGCAACUUCCCCUUCCAAGAAGAUUAUCCCAAUUUCAUGAACCAAGGAAAAUUUUGGGCCUAUCUCCAAGAAUUUGCUGAGCACUUUGACCUUCUGAGAUACAUUCGGUUUAGGACCACAGUGCGCAGUGUAACAAAGCGUCCAGACUUCUCCGAAACUGGCCAGUGGGAUGUUGUCACAGAGACAGAGGGGAAGCAGGAACGAGCUGUCUUUGAUGCUGUCAUGGUUUGCACCGGACAUUACCCGAAUCCCCGUUUACCCUUGGAGUCCUUUCCUGGUAUUCAUAAAUUUAAAGGCCAGAUCCUGCACAGUCAGGAGUAUAAGAGCCCAGAAGGCUUUCAAGGCAAACGCGUGUUAGUGAUCGGUCUUGGGAACACUGCAGGAGACGUGGCCGUGGAGCUGAGUCGGACGGCAGCGCAGGUACUUCUCAGUACCAGGACUGGUGCCUGGGUUCUCCACCGCUCUUCAGAUGGGGGCUACCCAUUUAAUAUGGUGAUUACAAGAAGAUGCCUUAAUUUUAUCACACAAGUUCUGCCCUCGCGUGUACUAAACUGGAUUCAACAGAGGCAACUGAAUAAAAGAUUUAACCAUGAGAAUUAUGGAUUAAGUAUUACAAAGGGGAAAAUACCAAAAUUCAUUGUGAAUGACGAACUGCCGACCUGUAUCCUUUGUGGGACAGUCACCAUGAAAACCGGCGUGAAGGAGUUUACAGAAACUUCUGCUCUCUUUGAAGACGGAACCGUGGAAGAAAACAUCGAUAUUGUGAUCUUCGCGACAGGAUACACAUUUUCUUUUCCCUUUCUCGAAGAACCUCUUAAAAGCCUCAGUACAAAGAAGAUAUUCCUAUAUAAGCAGGUCUUUCCUUCAAACCUAGAGAGAGCAACGCUAGCUCUCAUUGGCUUCAUCAGCCUUAAAGGAUCCAUCUUGGCGGGCACGGAGCUCCAAGCACGCUGGGCCACGAGAGUAUUCAAAGGACUCUGUCAGAUACCUCCAGCCCAGAAGUUGAUGGCCGAGGCUACUAAAAAGGAGCAGCUCAUAGAAAGGGGUGUGAUGAAAGACACCAGUGAAGACAAACUUGAGUUCAUUCAGUACCUGGAUGACCUUGCUGCAUGCAUAGGCGCCAAGCCCAGUGUCCCUCUUCUGUUCCUCAAGGAUCCCAGACUAGCCUGGGAAGUUUUCUUUGGACCAUGCACUCCUUACCAAUACCGCCUCGUGGGCCCUGGAAAAUGGGAUGGAGCCAGAAAUGCCAUCCUGACCCAGUGGGACAGGACACUGAAACCCUUAAAAACUCGAAUUGUUCCUGAUUCCACCAAGCCUGCCUCCAUGUCACAUUAUUUAAAAGUUUGGGGGGCACCUAUCCUCCUCACCUCCCUUGUACUGAUCUGUAAACCUUCACUUUUUUUGAAACCAGCACGAGAUCAUCUACAGCACAGAAUUUCCCCUUACCUAAUACGUAUUUGGUGAGGACGAGUCUCAGUAAUCGCGGGAGUCGUGCCCAGCCGCAUUACUUCUAUCUCCAGUGCUCUGUGCCUCCUCCUCUCCUCUCUGUCUUACCUGCUAUCAUCCAAGCUCAGGUCCGGUCAUUUCUUACCUGAAUUACUGUACUGUCCUUUCUCUCUAGUCUCAGUGCCUCCUUUUCCUAUCCAUAUUCUACUCUGCUACCUAAGCAACUAUGCUAAAAUAAAAAUAGUGUCACUAUUGCCAUCAAGAUCUCGGUAGGAAUAAGACGAAACUCAAAUUAGGUAAUUUGUGGACAUUUUGACACGGAGAUUAUCACAAACGGUUUGGGCAGAGUGUAGGGAAAUCAUAGGGAUAAUAAAAUACUCCCAGCUAGUAACUGAGAUAUUUUUACCAUUCCUGGGCCUAAUGAGGCAAGAGGAGAAAACAAUUAUGAAUGAGAAAGAGAGAGAGUGGAGAGGGCCACCUCUCAAGGGUUACGAUCUUCAGCUGACAGAUGAAGGCAGUUUGUGGUGACCCCAAAAGUACAGAGCUUGGGAAUAAAUUCUCUAACUUUAUUUCCUUCUGUCCCUCUCAUCCCCUGCCCAUGCUCCCCAAUGGCCUAACCCAACCAAAAUGGAAAGGGCAAGGUUGCCAACUGUUGUAGAUUGAAUUGUCUCCCUCAAAAAGAUAACAUUCAAGUCCUAACCUGUGGUACCUUACCUUAUUCGGAAAUAGGAUCUUUGUAAAUGUCAUUAAUUUAAGAUGAGCUCAUGCUGCAGCAGGGCGAGCUAGAUCCUAUAUGACUGGUGUCUUAUAAAAGGAGAAGACGACACACAGACAGAGACGUGGUAGAAAAUGCCAAGUGAAGACAGGCAGAGGUUAGAGCGAUGCACCCGCAAGGCUCCCCCAGGCGACCGCUAGGGAAGCGGCAUGAACGGAUUCUCCCGCAGAAACUCCAAAGGGAACCAACCCUGCCGACACCUGGAUUCCAGACUUCUAGCCUCCAAAACUGGGAACGAAUAACCCACUUGGUUUGUAACACUUUCUCACGGCAAUCCUAGGGAACUGACAGACGGACCGAUGCUGUCCAUGGCGGUCAGCCUCCAACAGUGCCGACAGACAGCAGAGACCGUGGCAGGACAGACAAAAAGGAUCCGGUGCAGACACGUGGCUUUCCAGUUUAAAAUCCUUGGAAGUGUCUCCUUCAUCAGAGAUAAUGGUGCAAAUUCCUUAGCCUGGAAAAGGAACCCUUCGUGAUCUGGGCCCAUUUGCCUAAUGGCCAGAAUCCCAGCCCGCAGCUUCCCAGCCCCACUCCACCCCCUCCCCGCCAAGACCACCAGCCUCUGAACCCACCGCACCUCCUCACUUCAGUGCAAGACAUUGCCUCCGCUGGGAAUCGAACUCCCGCUGCCUUUCGAGAGAGGGCUCGAUGAUCUCCUUCGGUGAAGCCUUCCCUGGAUCCUCAGAGCAGGGCUGACGCCCACAUUGUAAGGACUUCACCCCAUGCCCUGCCUUGUCAUUGCCCUUUCCUCACUGUCGCCUACACAGCUGACCCUCGAACGUCACAGGUUUGCAGGGACUGGGUCUACUCAAGCAUGGAUUUCUUUCCUCGACAAAUACAGUAGAGCCUAUAAAUGUAUUUUCUCUUCCUUAUGACUUCCAUAGUAACACUUUCUUUCCUCUAGCUGAUUUUAUUGUAGGAAUACAGUGUAUCAUACAAACAACACACAAAACACAUGUUCAUUGACUAUGUCAGCAGCCAGGCUUCCAGCCGGCAGUAAGUUACUAGUGUAACAGUACUGUUGAGUUUGGGGGGUGGGGGUGUCAGAGGUUAUGCAGAUUUUUUGACUGUGCAGGGUGCACUGAUGAUGGGUCAACUGUAACAUUCUUUUUGAAUCUGUCUCCUAAUGGUGAAUUACCGAGAGGAACCGAAUCUGGUUCAGCUAAAACACUGCCUGACACCAAGUGCUGCCAAAUAAAGGAUUGUUGAUUCAGCAGUGGCCUCACCCACCGACACUUCUUGUCUGUCCUCUUCUACCCACAUGCUUCCUCCUGCCAACAGGAGACAUUUCCUCAGAUGACCUCAGCUGCGUAAAUGAACAAGGACAGUCCACCAACAGCAGGCAAUCCAUAUGGCAACUGGAGUAAACUACAGUAACUGGGACCCCUGGGUACUGGUUGAAAGCACUAAGUCUAGAAUUUGAUCUGGAUGAUAGACCCAGUUCUGCACGAGCGGGAAGGGCUUGGCCAAGUGACUCUCUGACCCUCAGUAUCCUCAUCCAGAAGAUGAGGAAAAAGUGCACAGCAGACAAUAUAGGGUUUUAGAUACACAGUUAUCUGACCAUUAAUAGCUGAAGAGUCUGAAGACAUUUUCAGUCUUCUGAAUUAAAGAAUUUGAAACCAACACUAGCUCUUUUCCCCUUUGCCUCAUCAGAAAACAUGGCCUGGGGUCUCCAUGAAUUCUCUGGUAGCACUUUCCAGCUGGGAUCACUCUUUUGUCCUUGUGACCCCCACCAAAUCCCUGAGGCCCACUGCCACCACCACAACUGCCACC